UUUUAUUUUCCAAUUAAAAAAAUGAUCCAGUAAACACAAUACAGCAUGUUCAUCUUAUGAAUGAAAACCAUUUUAUACAUUUACUGAUUUAUACAUUUGUCACUACACUAUCAAUCAUUGACAUGUUAGAGGAACACUCAGCACACAUUUCAUUACUUCACGUGGACACAGGAGGUGUGUGUGUGGGGGGGGCUGUGCGCCCCCUACCAGAUUAAGCCCUGGGCGACUGUCCCACAGGUGAAGCCGACACAGAAUAUCUGAUAAAGUAUUGAAUGUUUUUAGCUCCCAUCAUCACUUUGUGCAACGGCUUGGAGAAUCUCUCUCGGUCGGACAGAUCGUUAUUACCGGUCAGUGCGGCGGUGACGCGCUUGUGACGCGGCGGUGAGCGCUCCGCAGCCUCCGCAGCUCCUUAGCGGCGCUGUGCCCGGACGGACGCUGCCGCACAGGGACUCGGAUAAACUUGCAGCUGCAUCCGCAGAUGCGCAGCCCAGCAGACUCUUCUUGCAGACAGCAGACGUGGUGCAGGACGCUCCGCAGCAGCACAUUCACUCAGCGGGAAUGAACUUUGUGCGGGACUCUUCCACGCUGCAGAGCUUUGGACAGAGGAUGGGGGCUGGGGGGGCUCACCCCGCGUCUCUGCUGUGGCUCGGCCUGUGGAGCUUCUUGCCCCUGGCGUUGUUCCUGAACCCGGACGACCCCAACGUGUGCAGCCAUUGGGAGAGCUACACCAUGACUGUGCAGGAGUCCUACGCUCAUCCCUUUGACCAAGUCUACUAUACGCGCUGUACUGACAUCCUCAACUGGUUCAAGUGCACAAGGCACAGGAUUAGUUACAAGACGGCCUACAGAAGAGGAGUGAGGACCAUGUACCGGCGCCGCUCGCAGUGCUGUCCGGGCUUCUUCGAAAGCUCAGACCUGUGCGCCCGUAAGUCCUGCUGAGACCUUCACAGCUUCCCACAGCAACGGAAACCACUCCCACUGUUAUGUGACAAAUGUGUUUACUUUGCUGGAGAAUCCAGGACACCGCUGUAGACCCUAGACCAUGUUUGUUGUGUACAACACAACAAAAAACACAAAUGUUGUUUCCUACCAGAAGUCAGGUCGAGACAGAAGACAGAAAGCUGUAAUGAGCUGUGUGGUCAAAGGUCAGAGAUGCUUCUCUCACCUCCAUUGAUGUCAUUAUUGUGGUUUUAUUUAAGUCUUCAUUCUAGCUUCUAAGAAAACGUGAAUUACAUCAAACAGUAUAAAUAAGAAUAAAAUCGAAAAGGAGCAUGUAUUAACGCUUUCUAAGAAAAAUUACAAUGUUGUGGAAAGUGCAUUUCCAUAAAUUUAUGGAAACAUGAAGCUUUCAUAGAAUAGGUUCAGGGCCAAAGUAUUUAUUUGUUUAUUUUUACAUAAAUGAGGGUUCCAGGUCAUAAAACCCAUAAACCUAUUGUUCAAAGAAAAGGAAAGCAUUUAGCC